AUGAAACACACCCUUCACUUGACUACUCGUUCACGAUUACAAAAAAUACUGGCGGGGUCAAGGCUUCAAGGAACCGUUUCGAUGCGCCCUAGACUAAGAAUGCCCUCACCAUGGUCUACCGUCACGUCUUCCAUGAAAGCUUUCGCGACCAAGUCGCAGGGCAGAAAAUCGAUGCAAACCGCCAUGGAGGAACGAAGAAGAUUUCCAACGAGCGGAUUUGAGGUCAUUGAAACUGACCAACUAGUGGAAGAAGAGGAGUUGCCUGAUUACCGAGCUGAUCGAUUCUAUCCUGUGCAACUGGGUGAGGUUUUCCACGACCGCUAUCAGGUGAUUACGAAACUUGGUUUUGGCUCUUCAUCAACCACUUGGCUGGCUCGGGAUUUAAAAGUUCACCAGUACGUUGCACUCAAGGUGCUAUUAGACUCCUUCGAAGCCGUCGGUCCAGACGGCCACCAUAUUGUCCUUGUCUUUGAAGCUGCGCAAAUGAGCCUGCGUGAUAUGAAGCUAGUGUUCCGACAGGAUGGAUUUGACGAAGAUUUCAUCAGGGGUGCCAUUAUCGAGCUUCUCAAGGCUUUAGAUUUUCUCCACACCCAAGGAGAAAUUGUCCACACUGAUGUGCAUCCUGGCAACAUGCUCCUUGGCAUUUUCAAUAAUGAUCUUCUACGAAACCUUGAAGAGAAGGAGUUCACAAAUCCCGUGCCACGUAAACUAGUGUCGUCCACUCGAACUAUCUAUCUCUCACGGUUAAUGCGGCCCAAGGAAGGCCCAAUGCUACUCUCUGAUUUUGGCGAAGCCAGAAUUGGUCCUGGACCGCACGGCGGCGAUAUAAUGCCCUUAGAGUACCGAGCUCCCGAGACAUUUCUUUAUGUGGGAUGGAGCUAUCCCGUUGAUAUAUGGAGUGUCGGCCUCACUGCCUGGGACCUUCUUGAACCAAAGAAAUUGUUCACAGCACGUGAUGAGGAUGGCGAUCUUUACGAUGCUGCUCAUCUCGCCCAAAUUAUUGCCGCAUUAGGCCCACCGCCCCCUGAAUUUCUAGCCAAAAAUCCAGAGCGGAGAGCUGAUUUUUGGGAUGACCAAGGUGAAUGGCUAGGCCUUGCACCCAUACCGCAUGGCCGUACGAUGGAGGCCCUUGAGACUCGACUGGAGGAUAAACUUGGCUUUCUCAGAUUCAUACGAAGAGCAUUGGCCUGGAUUCCUGAAGAGAGACCCACAGCCAAGGAGCUUCUCCAAGAUCCUUGGCUUGCAGGCGAGAAAGCGUAGUAUUACAUCUGGUUUUACCAGUUUCUUCUAUGCGCCGAGUUAGCUGCCUAAUGGCAACAGCUCCAAUCAGGCACCUGAAAUAUCUUCCGAGCCUAGAAGACUAGUUCCAUUUGAUCCAGAUAGGGUGCAUAGCAAGUUGGACAUCCAACUAAAGACCCCUACACCACCAGGCAGUCGGUCAAUCAAUUCAGGGCCUAAAACGCCCUAUACUACUAGGCAGCUGGAGAAGCAGGUGUCUGCAGCAAGAAAACAGCUGGAGGAUCCAGACAUGAUUUCUGAUUUCGUUGACCAACAAUCUGACUAAAACGGUUAGAUCAAAUGUCUGCUGCUGGCCAUCUCCGGUCUAGGAGAUACACCUGGUUGUACCUAUGCUCCAGGUAGAAGGUCCCGGUUUCGAAGAGAAAAGAAAAUCUUUACGCCCAAAAGAUAUUGAAAACCAAAGUGCGCAUUCAUAUUUUCUUUGAAACACUUGCGCUUCGCCUCUAAGAACCCUCUGUUUGACGCAAUCGAGCUUCUAUAUACGGAUAUUUAUCUCUAUAUAGGCAAUCUAAGCAAAUCUCGUUAAUAUGCAAUGCUAUCCGAAAUGUUGUCAUAGUGUUUGGGACUUAUAAUUAUUGCCUCCG